AAGACUGAAAGUGAUAAUCAGGUUAGGAGCUCAGUGACUGAAUGUGCAGAACAGGGAAUAGGGAAAAGCCCAAUAGUGUGUGUGUGUGUGUGUGUGUUAUCCCCUGCUAUACAAUGGUGCAGCUGUGUUGACUGUCAUUAUCAUUGUCCGUCCACAUCACACACACACACACCUAUGCUUGCAGUCGUUGGAUGGCACAGCAGCAGUACCAAACAGAGGAUGAGGGAGGGGGGCAACGUUCAGCCUGUGGGAUAAACAGCUGGGACACAGAGACCCUCCGGAGCUGUCACACGUGUACUCUCUCGCUUCGGUUCGAGCGGACUGGACCUUCCUCCUCCGGCUCUCCCGCUCCUCGGUUCACUCGCUCCUCGAUUCUUCCACGAUGGAAGGGAGGUGAUUGUCCGCGCCGCCAUUUUUAGGGACCUGCCUCUCGAGGAGAAACUUUGCUAGCUACUGCCUGACGCUAGCAGCUAGCCCGUCGGCCAGCAGCCUCCCUGCCAGCUCGCCGUGACAGUGAACGGCUGACAGUCGUUAGGCAGCUCCCGUUCAUAUAAAAGGUUCAUGUGACCGGCCGAUAAACAGACGUUAUUGCUGAAGUGAGCAGUUUAGCGCGAGCUGAGGUCGGCGUUGUCGUGUUCGUCGGGCAGGGCAGCGGGUUAGCAUUGCUAACUUAUGAGCUAGCGAGUUCACACUCUGAUUUCUCGGGACUGCGCCGCCUCGUCCGUGAUUUAGCGUCAGACACCGACCCCGCCGCGCUCAGGACCGGAUUAAUCCACCUCCACCUCUCAACCUGCGCGGAUUCAUCUCGACCAGAUGCCCAUGUGCUGGUUCCCUAGGCCCAUCCAUUACUGCAGAUGAAUCUUCAGCUGCUUUGGUGUAGCUCAGCACCCAGAUAGUCCUAUCCCCUUUGUGCGGGUGAUAAGGGACUACUUUAACCAGGAUGCCCUCCUCUGUAAGGGCAGGGAGCCUGAAGGAUCCGGAGGUGGCUGAGCUUUUCUUCAAAGAAGACCCGGAGAAGCUUUUCUCUGACCUCCGAGAGAUUGGCCAUGGCAGCUUUGGCGCUGUCUACUUUGCACGGGAUGUGCGCACAAAUGAGGUGGUGGCAAUUAAAAAGAUGUCCUACAGUGGCAAACAGUCUAAUGAGAAAUGGCAGGACAUCAUAAAGGAGGUGAAGUUUCUGCAGAGGAUUCAGCACCCUAACAGUAUAGAGUAUAAAGGUUGUUACCUCCGUGAGCACACAGCAUGGCUGGUGAUGGAGUACUGUCUCGGCUCAGCUUCCGAUCUGCUAGAAGUUCACAAAAAACCUUUGCAAGAAGUAGAGAUUGCUGCCAUUACCCAUGGUGCUUUGCAGGGCCUGGCGUACCUUCAUUCCCACAAUAUGAUCCACAGAGAUGUGAAGGCGGGUAACAUUCUGCUGACUGAGCCUGGGCUAGUCAAACUGGCCGACUUCGGCUCUGCCUCCAUUGCCUCACCUGCCAACUCCUUUGUGGGAACACCAUAUUGGAUGGCCCCGGAAGUGAUUCUAGCUAUGGACGAGGGCCAGUAUGAUGGAAAGGUGGAUAUCUGGUCCUUAGGUAUCACCUGUAUAGAAUUAGCGGAGAGGAAGCCUCCCCUGUUUAACAUGAAUGCAAUGAGUGCCUUAUACCACAUAGCGCAGAAUGAGAGCCCCACGCUGCAAUCCAGUGAAUGGUCGGAUUACUUUAGAAACUUUAUCGAUUCAUGCCUUCAGAAAAUCCCCCAGGACAGACCACACUCUGACGACAUGCUGGGUCAUGCGUUUCUGCAGCGUGAACGUCCAGACUCUGUGUUGAUGGAUCUUAUCCAGAGAACCAAGGAUGCAGUGCGAGAGCUGGACAACCUGCAGUACCGCAAGAUGAAGAAGAUCCUCCUUCAGGAGGCCCACAACGGACCCACAGCUGAAGUACAGGACGGAGACGAGGUGUGUGAGCUGGAGCCCGGCGGAGGUCGCACAGGAACGGUGAACAGCGUCGGCAGUAAUCAGUCCAUCCCCAGCAUGUCUAUUAGCGCCAGCUCCCAGAGCAGUUCUGUCAACAGCCUGAACGAAGCGGCCCAGGACAGCCGCAGCGAGCUCGACCUGAUGGAAGGAGACCACACGGUCAUGUCCAACAGCUCCGUCAUACAUCUCAAACCGGAAGAAGAGGAGAGUUUCUCUGGGGAGCAGGCAGCCACCAGUCAACCCUCUGAGCCCCAGCCAACACCAGCUCAGGCCCCGAGGAAGCACUACCGCAACAGAGAGCACUUUGCCACCAUACGCACAGCGUCACUCGUGACCCGUGAGAUGCAGGAACAUGAGCAGGACUCUGAGCUGCGGGAGCAGAUGUCAGGGUACAAACGCAUGAGACGGCAACAUCAGAAGCACCUGAUGGCCCUGGAGAACAAGCUGAAGGGCGAGAUGGAUGAGCACAGGCUGAGGCUGGACAAAGAGCUGGAGAGUCAAAGGAACAACUUCACCCAGGAGAUGGAGAAGCUGCUGAAAAAACACCAGGCGGCUCUGGACAAAGAUCUGAAGACGUUUACCAACGAUGAGAAGAAGUUCCAGCAGCACAUUCAGGUGCAGCAGAAGAAGGAGCUCAGCAGCUUUCUGGAGUCACAGAAGCGGGAGUAUAAACUCCGCAAGGAGCAGCUCAAAGAGGAACUGAGUGAGAACCAGUCGACUCCGAAGAAAGAGAAGCAGGAGUGGCUUUCCAAGCAGAAGGAGAACAUCCAGCACUUCCAGGCAGAGGAGGAGGCCAACCUGCUGAGGAGACAGAGGCAGUACCUGGAGCUCGAAUGCCGGCGGUUCAAACGCAGGAUCCUCAUCGCCAGACACAAUGUGGAGCAGGAUCUGGCCAGAGAGGAGCUGAACAAAAGGCAGACACAGAAGGACCUGGAGCAUGCCAUGUUGCUCAGGCAUCACGAGUCGAUGCAGGAGCUGGAGUUCAGGCACCUGGGGACGAUCCAAAAGGCACGGGCAGAGCUGAUCCGGACCCAGCACCAGACAGAGCUCACCAACCAGCUGGAAUACAACAAGAGGAGGGAGAGGGAGCUUAGGCGCAAGCAUGUCAUGGAGGUCCGACAGCAGCCCAAGAGCCUGAAGUCCAAGGAGCUUCAGAUUAAGAAGCAGUUCCAGGAGACUUGUAAAACCCAGACCAGGCAGUACAAGGCCCUCAGAAACCAUCUGCUGGAGACCACGCCCAAGUCUGAUCACAAGGCUGUGCUCAAGAGGCUGAAGGAAGAGCAGACCAGGAAGCUGGCCAUCCUGGCUGAGCAGUACGACCACUCCAUCAAUGAAAUGCUCUCCACGCAGGCUCUACGGUUAGACGAGGCUCAAGAGGGGGAGUGUCAGGUGCUGAGGAUGCAGCUGCAGCAGGAGCUGGAGCUUCUUAACGCGUACCAGAGCAAGAUCAAGAUGCAAACGGACGCUCAGCACGACAAGGAAAGGAGGGAGCUCGAGCAGAGGGUGUCUCUGCGGAGGGCACUUCUGGAGCAAAAGAUUGAGGAGGAGAUGCUCGCCCUGCAGAACGAGCGCCUGGAGCGAAUCCGCUCUCUGCUGGAGCGCCAGGCCCGAGAGAUCGAGGCUUUCGACUCCGAGUCCAUGCGACUGGGCUUCAGCAACAUGGUGCUCACCAACCUAGCUCCCGAUUCUCAGGGAAGCUGGGGUGGAGGAGGUGGAGGAGGCCAGGGGGCUCAGGGGGGAGGCCACUGGCCCGGAGGAGGUGGAGGAGGCGGUGGCGGCGGCCACCAUAGUCACCACCACCAGGGGGGCUCCAGCUCACAGCAGCCCUGGGGUCACCCCAUGCUGGCUGGGGGCCCGCCACCCUGGAGCCUCCACCACCCCGGAGGAGGGAGUCAGAGGGGGAGUGGAGGAGGGGCUGGAGGGGUGAGGAACAGCCCGCAGGCUAUGAGGAGGACGUCAUCAGGGGGGAGGAAUGAACAGGGCAUGAGCAGGAGUGCCAGCAUCACCUCUCAGAUAUCCAACGGAUCCCACCUGUCGUACACCUAGAACACACACACACACACACACACACACACACACACACACACACACAGACACAGACAGACAGAUCAAUACAAAGUGUUGUGUACUGAGGUAAUCCUGUACACAGACACACAUCAUGCAUGCACACAUACACACACUGCACAGUAUUGAGACUGGGAUUACCUCAGCCCAGUCACUCCUCAUCAUCACUGCUCUCACAUCAGUUCUGCCAGCAGAAGUCUGUGGAAACCCAAAAGUCCCGAGACUGAUCCAAGAUGGAUGACUGCCAUAUACAGUAUGCCAGAGUGCGAGUGUCAUUUUUACUGUAGCCUACAGCGCUAUUUUAUGUGUUCAUAUUUGCCAUGUUAGUCUCCGUUGCCAUAGAGCCAAAGUAGUGUAUUCAUAUCAGGAGAUGUCUGUCUGCAGUACGCUGUUUUCUACACAUGUGGGAUUAUAAAGAUGAAGAUCAGCACAGACUAACUCACAGAAUGUUGAAUGAGAUUAUUGUUAAGGUGCAGUCACAGGAAAAUGAGAAGGCAGGAGGUCAUGAAGAGGUUUGACUGAAGAUGGACAGGUCGAGAAGGAAAAUGAGGAGAGAACAAAGGUUGUUAAGUAAUUAGUAAGUACGCGUAGGUAUCUGACUUUAUAGUGGUGGUAGCACAGGGAUGGCACAAGGUGUGAUGGCGAGCUACAUGUAUGAGAUCUUUGACCAGAGAUCUAACCCGUUCAGUGUUUUAUUGGAAAAAAAAAAAACUCCUCGAGUCCUCGAUGCCACAUGGGUUCACAAUCCCUGGAGUUGGAGUUAUUGUGUGCUGUGAGCAGGGCUGCAAAGAUGCCAAAGGUAAGGGGUCUUCAUGCCAACAAUACUGCUCAUGUAUCUAAUGAGAUUACUGGAAGUUCAGUAUAAUACCAGGUGGCCAAGUAGAUGCAUGCGUUUGUGGCAGGGAAGAGAGGGAGUUAUUCUCGUGCGCGCUCAGCCUCAUUGGGUUUCCACAGACCUCUGUGUUUCACUCACACAUGCCCCGUGGAUUUGCCUCAUGACAGGUGACGGCUUUUCAGCAGCACCCAACCCACUUAUUUCACAAAUGGUGUCCACUCUUCUCCGCUCGUCUGCAGUCGUCUUCAGGUUUAAUUUGGCACCGUGUUGAUCGGUGACAGUACCACGUCUGUUGGCCUACCUCAAGAACACUCAAGUCAAGCUUCACCACAGGGGCAGCGACUUGACUUGCACUUUGGCACAGGCCUUCUACACCACACUAAAUGUUAAUCAGACAUAUUCACACACACACACACACACACACACACACACACACACACACACACACACACACACACAAAUAGAAAAGUUGACAUGACAGUAUGUCCCUUGCACACUUGGCUGAUGAAUGCAUGUACAGGGUAAAUUUUUGUGAAAAUGGGACAUAGGCGUGUGACAACUAGCACACUAAGUUGGCUGUAGAUGAUGAACACACUCCACAGCAACAGUUAUCCAUCUCAGUUGCCUAAAAUGUGUGUUUUUGAUUUUAUUUAAUUUUUUAUUAUUAUUU